AUGGCUUCCGCUGGAGGAGCUGGUGACUGCGUGGCCGCUGUGCCGGAGACUGAUCGCCCUCACCAUCGGCCCUUCUUGAUCGGGGUGAGUGGAGCUUCCGAAGGGCUAGACCUAUUGUUCUUUCUUCAGUCGACCGUGUGUGAGAAGAUCAUGGAGUUGCUGGGACAGAGCAAAGUGGAUCAGCAGCAGCGGAAGCUGGUCAUCUUGAGCCAAGACCGCUUCUAUAAGGUCCUGACGGCCGAACAGAAGGCAAAGGCCUUGAAGGGACAAUACAAUUUCGACCACCCAGAUGCUUUUGAUAAUGACUUGAUGCGCAAGACUCUGAAAAACAUUGUGGAGGGCAAAACUGUUGAAGUCCCCAUCUAUGACUGUGUGACCCACUCAAGGUUACUGGAGACAACAGUGGUCAACUCUGCAGAUGUGGUUCUCUUCGAGGGCAUUUUGGUGUUCUAUAGCCAGGACAUCCGAGACAUGUUCCACCUCCGUCUCUUUGUGGACACUGACUCUGACGUCAGGCUGUCACGUAGAGUUCUCCGUGACGUGCACCGAGGGAGGGAACUGGAGCAGAUCCUAACACAGUACACCACCUUCGUGAAGCCAGCCUUUGAGGAGUUCUGCCUGCCGACAAAGAAGUAUGCUGAUGUGAUCAUCCCUCGAGGGGUUGACAAUAUGGUUGCCAUCAAACUGAUUGUGCAGCACAUCCAGGACAUCCUGAGUGGUGACAUCUGCAAAUGGCAACGCGGAGUGGUCAAUGGAAGGAGCAACAAGAGGACCUUGUCUGAGCCUGGAGAGCAUCCUGGGGUGCUUAGCUCUGGCAAACGGUCCCACUUGGAGUCCAGCAGCAGACCCCACUGAGGCCUCCUGGGCAGGUCCCCC